AUGUAUCCGAUUGGUAAGCUCCUGAAUGUUGCAGGAAGCAUCGCCCUUGGAAUCCUCAGCUACAACACAUGGAGAUUCAUUUCCUUCCAUCUAGCCCUCUACGGCGAUCGAAAACUUGACAGAUACAAAUCCAAGAAUCAACGGAGUUGGGCUAUUGUCACAGGUGCAAGCGCAGGAAUUGGUCUUGGCUAUGCAGAAGAGCUCAUAACCCGAGGAUUCGGUGUCAUCAUUUUCGGCCACAAACUCGAUGAGCUCCAACAAGCCGAGAUCCACCUGAGAACGAUUUCAGACAAUUCCGAUAUCCGAAUCGUCAAAUUGGACGCGAUUACUGCAUCACCAACCGAAAUCAAGGAUGCCUUGAAUGAGUUCAAGCAACUGCAUAUCACAAUCCUCAUCAAUAAUGUCGGCGGUGCAGUUUCCUGGCCAUUCUACAAACCCUCCAGAGAACAUACCGCCGACGAAGUCGACAACACAAUCAACCUGAAUGCCCGGUUUAUGGCCCAGCUCACACGUCUUCUACUUCAACACUCACCCAACACUCUCCCUCCCUCAUCCUGA